AUGGACCACUCUACACGGGAUUUGCCUUGUAUGACAUUACCGUUCUUUGAGAUUGAUCCAUCGACGCAACAAUCGUUUAUGUCCGAGCAUCGAUUGGGCCAAGCAACAACGGAUCCUUGCUCAAGUCUGCUAAGUCCGUAUUCCUCAUUGUCUUGUCAAUCGACGUUGGGUGACACGCAGAAUACCUUGGCGGAGAAUGCGACGAUGCUGGGAUGCUUUGAAACGAAGGAGGUCGAUCCGCUCCCCCUAUUGCCUCUUUUGCCGUGUGGUCCAUCCGGCGCCAUCCCUGAUUUGGUUCCUGCUUCGCCCACCGAAGAAACUCCGCCCGACUUGGAUGUGGAUUCCGACGAAGUGCCGGAUGAUCCAUCGACUCAACCCAUCCAGCUACGAACCAGUGUCAAACGUCAAGCCCUCUUUUUCGACUCACGCGAUGACUGGUACUCUCUUUGCUUUCAGUACCAGGGCACCAUAGAUCAAUCCAGAGAAACUUUGAUGUCGGCUAUCGAGGAGACGGUGUUGGUCAUCUUCCGAAGCAUUCGUCGUGGAGAGCCAAUUGAAUUGCCUAGCUUUACUAGAGCCUUGCCAAUGCGAUCAAGGAAACGCCAGCGGUGUCAAAACGACACCGACACGCAGUCCGACAAUCUCAGCAAGCAGCCAUUAUCCCUUGCCACUUCUACAUCCGCAUUGUCCUUCGGUGAGAUAUUCAAGGGACGACACAACAAAGACCUUUCUAACACAGAGAUGCUAGCUCGAUAUCUUCGCAUACUGGAAAUCAUCUAUGAAGCAGUGGCCAUGAAUCUAAUUCUUACCAAGCGCGAUAUAUUUUACCGCGAUGUGGCAUUGUUUGGCAAACAAUCCGUGGUCAACAGAAUGAUAGAUGACAUAUCUUUUCAUUACAACGUUCCUCGCUCUUCUUUGAAUAUUACCGCAGCCUCCAAGGGUCUUAUUUGUGGACCAGCAAGAAUCAUUAUGAAAAAUAACAAAGUAAUCGACUGUAUGUCCUACAUGCAAGACGACGAAGAAACUCAUGGUGAUGAAAGGGGAGCGCUGAUACCACCUAUUGAUCAAGUUCGAGAAGUGGAAUGUCGCGCCAAAUUGAUGAUCGUCAUUGAGAAAGAGGCUAGCUUUCAUAAUCUUAUUUCAGCAGGAUUUAUCCAAUCUUUACCACAGCAUUCAAUAUUGAUUACGGGCUGCGGAUAUCCGGUAACGUUUCCAUUAAAGAUGGUCGUCCCUCGUCAGAUCGCUAAAAAGAACGGUAUUCAGGACAUUUCGACACGCCACAUGAUCAAAUAUCUUUCUAUGCGUAAUCCUUCCAUGCCCAUUUGUGCCUUGAUGGAUAAUGACCCGUACGGUUUGGACAUUUAUGCGGUGUACAAAUGGGGAAGCAAGGCCCAGGCAUUUGAUGCUCGGAAUUUGGUGAUCCCAGAUAUCUUAUUUAUCGGUAUCACUUGCCAGGACAAAGCAUUGAUAUUGAUGGGGUUCAUCGUCAGGUUUGGGCUUCCCGACGAAGUUUAUGUACCACUGACAAAGAAGGAUCGGGAAAAGGGAUUUCAAAUGCUAAGCAAUGAAAUACCCGGUAGUACAGUCUCAAGUUCACAAUACGAUGACACGCCGUAUCCUACUUCACAAAGGGAUUCACCAGCGUACAGAGCAUUCAUGUAA